GUAAAUUUAGAUGAUAUAAAUCAGCAUUUAUUUAUUUAUAUAUGGAGCGAGAGACAAAGGCGUCAGAGGGUGGAAACGAUCAUGAUUCACGUAGCAGAGAAAGUGUGUUUGGCUCAGAAUACAGAAUAGAAAGAAACACUAGCUGCACCACAACAACAACAGAACAGACUACUACACUAGAGUAGAGUAGACCCCUCAUUCACUCUCUCUUUUAUUUCUUUUGAGAUUUGCGCCUCAACCAUAUUCUUCACUCACUCUGCAUCACCAUGCUUUAAUCCAAAUAAGGCGGCCGAGCCAAUCUCUCUCUCUCUCUCUCUCUCUCUCUCUCUCUCUCUCUCUCUCUCUCUCAUAUUUCAACUUUUUCAAUUAUUUCUGACGCCAUCUUCUUUUCUUCACCAACAAACAUUAAUAACACCAUUCAUUACCUUCCAUUUCUUAACACGUUUUCUCUCUUCUUUCUUUUUCAUUUUCUGCAUCCUUCACCUUUUCAUUCUCUUCUCCAACUACAUCUAACACACUCUCUUUGUUUCAAUGUCUUACUUCAAAACAAACAUGGACCUACCUUGUUCUUUUGUCUGAAACUGUGUUUUUUUUUUAUAACUAUUUUUUAUUUGGGUCUUUUUCCUUUGUUUGGUUUGAAGGAGAGAAAGAAAAAAAACAAGUUAAAGAAAAUGAAGUAUAUGAAGUUGGGUUCUAAGCCUGAUGCACUUCAAUCUGAUGGGAAGUUUGUCAGGUACAUAUCUUCUGAACUAGCUACAGAUAUUAUCAUAGCCGUUGGUGACGUUAAGUUUGACCUUCACAAGUUCCCUCUAUUGUCGAAGAGCAAUCACUUACAAAAGUUGGUGUCAAAGGCUAACGAAGAUAAUUCUGAUGAAAUCUACUUGAACGAUUUCCCUGGUGGGCCUAAGGCCUUUGAAAUAUGUGCAAAGUUCUGCUAUGGAAUGACCGUUACUCUAAAUGCAUACAAUGUCGUGGCUGCUCGAUGUGCUGCCGAGUACCUUGAGAUGACGGAGAAUAUUGAUAAAGGAAACUUGAUAUUUAAAAUUGAUGUGUUUCUUACCUCGAGUAUCUUUCGAAGCUGGAAGGAUUCUAUAAUUGUUCUCCAAACUGCUAAAUCGCUUCUCCCAUGGUCCGAGGAUCUAAAGAUCAUUGGGAGAUGCAUAGAUUCCAUAGCUUCUAAAACUUCUGUGGAUCCGGUGAACAUCACGUGGUCUUAUACUUACAACCGGAAAUUAGCACAGGUCGAUAAAAUUGUUGAGGAGAAGAUAACAUCAAAAGAGAAAAUUGAGUCUGUUCCGAAGGAUUGGUGGGUUGAGGAUAUAUGUGAGCUAGAUAUUGAUCUUUAUAAACGUGUAAUGAUUACUGUGAAAUCAAAGGGAAGAAUGGAUGGUGUUGUGAUCGGGGAGGCGCUGAAAACAUAUGCAGUUAGGUGGUUACCUGAUUCUGUUGAUGCGCUGGUUUCCGAUGACCAUGCAUGGAGAAACAAAUCUCUGGUAGAAACAAUUGUCUGUUUAUUGCCUUGCGAUAGUGGUGUUGGUUGUUCUUGUAGUUUCUUGCUGAAGCUAUUGAAAGUGGCCAUACUCGUUGAAGCCGAUGAAUUGUCCAGAAAAGAAUUGAUGAACAGCAUCAGCCUAAAAUUGCACGAAGCUUCGGUCAAAGAUUUACUUAUUCCAGCUAGGUCUUCUGCGACUACUACUUAUGAUAUUGAUUUGGUGCAAGAUCUUUUGAAUCGGUACAUGACUAAUGAAAAGAAAAACUGUGAUUCGGAGAUUGUUGAAAAGAAAGAUAAAGUAUUUGGUGAAUCUAUUUUAGGGAAUAGGGCGAUAUUGAAUGUCGGCAAGUUGGUCGAUGGUUAUCUUGGAGAAAUUGCACAUGAUCCACAUCUCAGCCUCUCUAGUUUUGUCGAUUUAUCACAGUCAAUUCCAGAUUUUGCUAGACCAAAUCAUGACGGUUUGUACAGAGCUAUCGACAUCUACUUGAAGGAGCACCCAAGUUUAACAAAAUCUGAAAGGAAGAACAUAUGUGGACUGAUGAAUGUCAAGAAAUUAACUUCGGAGGCAUCGGCGCACGCUGCAGAGAACGAACGUCUUCCACUUCGAGUUAUAGUGCAAGUUGUGUAUUUUGAACAUCUUCGAGCUGCAGCCAACGCUCAAGCAUUUGCUAACAGUCUACGUGAUCCUCCACGCACACUGGUGAACGAAGAUGAAGAAUACGAGAAGACCACGGUAAAGAGCUGCCAUUCCCUCAACAGACAAACAAGUCGCAUGAAGCUUAAAGACGAUGAGUUUCGUAAGAGUGUGAAAAUGAACAAAAGUAGCAGCAAAAACAGCAAAAGUGGCAUGCAAUUGUUACCGUCGCGGUCGAGGAGAAUAUUUGACAAGUUAUGGAAUGUUGGUAAAGGACAAGGAGAGAAUAGAAGCUCAGAGACUUCAGGGAGUUCUAAUAGUCCAACUUCUAUAGUCCUUGGAGAUACCAAAUCUUCUGGCUCAUCAUUAAGACACCAAAGACAUUCCAUCUCUUAGGGAGUUACAUGAAAUUAUUUGGAACAAGAGAAAAGAAUGUGCAGAUUGAUGUGAAGUGUAAAGUGUUAGGAUGUUGAACAUUGUUUGGAAUUCAUGCAUGUAAUCAGGAUUAAGGUCUUUCACUAGCAUUGGAAAAAAAUGUAGUAACAUUUUUGUGUUUUGUUUCUUAGGUUUCUUUAUCUAGCUAGUGUAGAAUCAAACUUUGAUCAAUGCACUACUUUUGUGACUUCAUUUAAAGCACUUUGUUCUA